AUGUGUUCCUUCAUUGGCCAAAUACUGUAUGGAGCGGUUAUGUUAGCAGCUGUUGGAUUGACAUUAGGGUCCAUGUUCACAUCAGGUAUGGCCUUAUAGCUAACACAAAAAAAAUGCUUAAAAAUAAAAGAAAAUAUUAUAUUAUAGUGGAUAGAUUGAAAAAUUCAUUUUUAAGUUUUACUAUUAAUUCAUACAAGCCUUCUAUUGCAUAAUUAUAAAAAAUAACAUAACUGUAAUUACAGAAUGGAGGAGGAUAACAGACACCGGCAGAGGCGACACAACAGGCGGUCUAUUCAAUUUUGACUGUAAAUUUGAUGACUUGGAACAAUGCCGCAGGAUUUUUGAUGUAAGUCAUAAUUAAAGUAGGAAAAAUUAUUAAAUUUAAACCGUUGAGCAAGGGAAGUUUUUUAUGUAUGAUACACUACACUGUCUAUCAAUUUAAAAAAAUCGUUUUCUGUUAACCUAAGUUAAAAUAUUUUUUAGAGCCGAGAAGGCUGGGAGAAAGUAGUUGUGAUUGCCAUGAUUGUAGCCUUGGUAAUAGAAGCCUUGGCCGUCGCUUGGACCAUCUUCACAUUCUUUGCAUGUUGUUGUAGGAAGAACAUGUUGUAUCCCUUCAGUGGCUUCGCUUUGACUUCUUUCAUUGCCUUGAUCGUGGCAUUGGCUUUCUUCUUCGCCCAUUACAAGGAUCAGAUUGGGCAGGGUAAGUUAUUUUUGUGUUUGUUACCUAAUUUAAUCAGCCUUUAUAUCUUUCUGAACAUUUAGGUACUAAGUAUGUACGCAAACUUUAAAAAACGAGACUUUCGAAAAGCUUAGAAAUGACUUUAGCAUUGUUUGUUAUGUUAAAAUUGCAAAAAAUGCUCAAGUUUCAUUUGAAAACGCGCAAUUUUCAUUGGAUUCUUUGUUUGUUUUAAAAAGUUUGCUCAAUGACUAACGUUCAGAUAACGACAGUCUUUGUACUGUACAAUAAAACAUAUAUUUUGAUUAUACAUAUAAACCUUCUUAUCAAUUUGAAAAAGCGAAACCCGCACCUUUUACAACUAAAAUGCUAGUAUAAUAUAUAUUAUCCAUGAAAAUUGACAAAAAGUGUCAAUUUUAAAACUUUCUUUGAAUAAUAAAACCAAAAAGUAAAAUACUGCAUAAGUCAGCUUAUAAACUCAACAAUUUUAAAACAACCAUUUUCAGUCACAACAGACAUCAACGACAUCAAAAGCCGCGCCAACCUCGGCUACAGCUUCUACCUUGGCUGUGGAGCUGCUAUCUGUGACCUGGUGGCCCUAGUCAUCGGUGGCCUGGUCUCCUGUCUCACCAAGGAAAAAUAA